AUGAAAGUCACUAUACGGGAAUGGAAUGCUGUCGCCGCAUGGCGUUGGGACAUGCCAGAUGACGAUGUCUGUGGUAUCUGUCGCAACCCUUACGAUAGCACUUGCUCCAAGUGCAAGUUUCCUGGAGACGAGUGUCCACUAUUGCUGGGAGAGUGCAACCAUUCCUUUCACAUGCACUGUAUUUUCUCCUGGCUCAAGCAAGAGAGCUCUCUAGAGAAGUGUCCCAUGUGUCGUCAGCCCUUCAAGUCGAAGAGUCAAGACGCGCCAACAGCCACCGAAACCCCAACACAGCCGCAAGAACCCGAUACAAGCCCAUUGUAGCCUUCAAAUCUUAGCACUGAUGACGGACAUCUGUGAAGAGGCUCGUUACCGACAUGCUUCUCGCGUAUAGGCCGGGAGUUGGGGCAGUAGUGCUUCACAUCCGAAGCGAUACUUGGAUUAUACAGUACUGUUACCAUCGGCGUUUGGAUUUGGAUACCCUAAGGAUUUCAUUACAUACCUCAGCCUAUUCACACUGCGACUUUCUCUGUACUUCAGUACUUGGUUCAUACCUAGGUAUCCUUGAUGC